UUUCGCUGCGAAUGCCAAUACAAGGUGUAACUGGCUGCACUCACUAUUUAUUAACAACUAUAGGCAUUUGGUAGCUAUAAAAUGAGUGGCGACGAAAGCUACAACGAAAAACAGACGCUUAACCUGUCCAAGCAGCAGCUGAAGAAGGUGCCAAAGCAGGACGAUGCGCAAAACAUACGCAAGUUGAUACUCGAUGAGAAUGAGCUGCAAAAGAUAGACAACAUUGACUCGUAUUUUAAAAUUGAAACGCUGUCGCUGAGCAAAAACCAAUUGCUACGCAUGUAUGGCGUCUGUCGUUUGCACUGUCUGCGUGAGCUGAAUCUCUCCUUCAAUGGCAUACUCUCCAUUGAGGGUCUGAAGGAAUGCGUGCAUCUGCGCGUGCUCAAUCUGGAGAGCAACAACAUCAAAACCAUUGAGCAUCUCAAUACGAAUGUCAAUCUGGAGUACUUGAAUCUGUCGGAGAACAGCAUAGGCAGCAUAUCGGACAUGUCCUAUCUGGAAAAACUGCGUGAGCUUAAUCUGCAUGGCAAUCGUCUAACGCAUCUGCGCCAAUGCGAUAAGUACUUGCCUACAUCACUGGAAACGCUAACUUUGGCCAAGAACAACAUAACAGACUUGAAUGAAAUUUGCACACUAUCGCAUCUAAGCAAUCUGGUGAGCCUUUCCAUAAGCGAGAAUCCAUGUGUGGCCAUGACGCUGGGACCAAAUAGCACAGAUGGCUUUGACUAUCGUCCCUUUGUGCUAAACUGGUGCAUGAAGCUCAAGUCUAUAGAUGGCUAUGCCGUAGAUCCCAUUGAGAGCUUGAAGGCAGAGUGGCUGUACAGUCAAGGACGUGGUCGACAAUAUCGUGUAGGUGAUCAAGCUGCUCUGGCCAAAUACUUGAGCUCAACCUGUCCGCUAGUGGGCAAAGCGCUAGAGAAUGAAAACCAUCGCAAGCUGCGUUUAAUAUUAAGCAAGGCGCAACAUCAUCAGCGGCAGCUGCAAGAGGAGAUUAUGGACAAUAGCAACAGCUCCACCAGCACCUCGCCCUCCUCACAUCGCAAAAAACCUGCAAGCCGCAUACAAUCGCCACGCUUUUCGCGUCUUAGCGGUCGGCAGGGCUCGCCCGAGUCCAUGGUGAACAGCUAUCAUGGCAAUAGCAGCAACAACAGCAUCUGCAGCGACAAUGGCAGCGUUAAUCAUGCGCUGCAGAUGAGCACUUCGCUAAUAGAGAACAUAAAAAACGAUGGCGAUGGCUACUCGCUGGCCAGCAUCUCCGGCAUGUCGAGCAGCGUUACCACCAAAACUUACAACUCCACAGAAUCUACGCCACGCAAUAUAACGCCAAAUCCUUACAACGAGCAAGCAUACAUGGGUCAAACGCCUACAGGUGGUCCGCUGGCUGCUGCCUCCAAGAUGGUGCCUGUACCGGAGACACUAAUGAGUCCGGAUGUCUGUCCGUCGGCUGUGGCGCAGCGUGUGACAGUCACGGCGCUGAGCUCGCAGCUGCAUAAAAGCAAAGGCAAUAAAAACAAAGACAACAAAAUGAAUUUGCCGCGUGUGCGCAGCCCACAGCUGAGACGCAUGCAAAGCCCCAGCAGCAGUCCACGCAAAGUGGGCAGACAACAACAACAACAGCAGCAGCAGCAGCAGCAACAACAACAAGCGGAGCAGCAGCCACAACAACAACUGAUGAACAGCUCUGUGAUGCAGUGCAGCACUACAGAUGCAGCAGAGUUCAGCACAGAUGACGAUGGCGAGCAGAUCAAUUUAGAGAAAUUGAAAACUAUACGCAAAAUGGCAGCGCAGCGCACACAGCAGCAACAACAGCAGCAGCAACAGCAGACAAAUAAUCUUAACUGUGCGGAUCGCUUGAUUGAGCAUGUUACCGAAUCCUCAGCAGUCACUAUACAAAAGAUGUGGCGUGGCUAUCAUACGCGCAAGAAAACCAAAGAUAUUGCCGAGAAGCUACAAAAGCAACGCACGCACGAAUAUAUAGACAAACUCAACAAGGACAUGAUACUGACCAAGGCGCAGCUGCAGAACGAGCGCAAGAUACAACAGCUGCAGAUGCAGGCCAUCAAUGCGCUAUGGAAAAAGGUUUCCACCAUGCAGGUGGACGUCAGAGCGGGCGGCGAGCAUUGCACCAAUACGCUACAGAAUUGCAGCACAACUGCUGAGGAUGCUAGCAGCAGCAGCUCAGCUGCGCCACAAGUUUGCUUGGAUCAUAACUCGGCUGCUGUGGUUAACGAUUUGGCCAAACGCUGCACUUUGCUUACGGAUCAGGUGCAGCAGCUGCAGAGCAGCAUUGGCACCAUUGUCAACUGUCUGACUAUGGUCUGCAAUUUACCGCAGGAUGCGCUUAAGAAGCAUGUCAGUAACACUGAGACCGAUGAUCUGGACUAUAGCAGCUUUGAGCCACGCGACAGCAGCUCCACGCAAACGGAUUUGAUUGCUGUGCAUACGCCACAGCUGGAGGAUUUAAGCAAUUUUCCGUUUACAAAACCCAGGCCCUCGACACUAGCGCUGGAGUCCAAUCACGACGGUUUGGCUGUGCCCACGGCUACCAUGGCAUGUGAGACUGAAGCUGCUGAGGAUUCGAUGCAGAAUGUGGAGAUCUGUGACGAAAGCGCACAGUAAACUAAACUAAAUGCUUUAACG